AUGGGGAUGUUCCUGCCUGGGGAUCAUGGGCUGCUCCUUGGGCUCUGGAACUCUCUGUUGUGCAGGUUUCAGAGUGAAAAAUCCUGGACCAGACGCCUGGAUGAAAUCAACUUGCUGCAGCAGAAAAGGAUCUGGGAGUCUCCCUUGCUCCAGGCUGCCAAGGAAAAUGAUGUCCAAACCAUCCAGAGACUUCUCACCUGCCAUACUUGUGAUAUUCAUCAAAGAGGUGCCCUGGGGGAGACAGCUCUUCAUGUGGCUGCCUUGUAUGAUAGUGUGGAGGCCGCACAGAUUCUGAUGGAUGCAGCUCCAGAACUUGUCAAUGAAGCAAUGACAUCAGAAUUCUAUGCAGGGGAGACUGCUCUCCAUAUUGCUGUGGUGAAUAAGAACUUCAAACUUGUGAAGGCGAUGCUUGAGAAGGGGGCUGAUGUCAACAACCCACGGGCCACCGGCUAUGUCUUCAGACCCAGCAGCCACAACCUCAUCUACUUUGGGGAGCAUAUUUUAUCCUUCGCAGCCUGUGUAGGAAGUGAGGAGAUUGUCCGGUUGCUCAUCAAACAUGGAGCCAACAUCAGAGCACAAGAUGCCUUGGGGAACACUGUUCUCCAUCUCCUAGUUCUCCAACCCAACAAGAUCUUUGCCUGCCAGAUGUACAACUUCAUUCUCUCCUAUGACAAGAACAAAAGGGAGCUGGGAGCCCUGGACUUAAUCCCUAACAACGAGGGGCUCACUCCAUUCAAGCUAGCUGGGGUUGAGGGCAACACUGUGAUGUUCCAGCAUCUUAUGCAGAACAGAAAGCACAUCCAGUGGACCUUCGGCCCCCUGGUCUCCACCCUGUAUGACCUCACAGAGAUCGACUCAUGGGGAGAUGACCAAUCUCUCUUGGAACUCAUUGUCACCACCAAGAAAAGAGAGGCCCGUCGGAUCCUGGACCUGACCCCCGUGAAUGAGCUGGUGAGCCUGAAGUGGAAUAAAUAUGGGCGUCCCUAUUUCUGCAUCCUGGCCUUGUUCUACGUGCUGUACAUGAUUUGCUUCACCAUGUGCUGUGUCUAUCGACCUCUAAAAUGUCGACAGAGCAACAAAACACAUGAAAGGGACAACACCAUCUACAUCCAGAAACUGCUGCAGGAAUCUUAUGUGACUCCUGAGGACAGUCUGAGGCUGGUGGGGGAGCUGAUCACAGUGAUAGGAGCCAUAAUAAUAUUGAUCCUUGAGAUUCCAGAUAUCUUCAGAGUUGGAGUCACCAAGUACUUUGGACAAACUAUUCUGGGAGGACCUUUCCACAUCAUCAUCAUCACCUAUGCCUGUAUGAUCUUGGUGACCAUGGUGAUGCGUCUCACCAGCACCACAGGAGAGGUGGUCCCCAUGUCCUUUGCCCUGGUGCUGGGCUGGUGCAACGUCAUGUACUUCGCACGAGGCUUUCAGAUGCUGGGACCGUUCACCAUCAUGAUACAGAAGAUGAUAUUUGGAGAUCUCAUGCGCUUCUGCUGGCUCAUGGCAGUGGUGAUACUUGGCUUUGCAUCAGCUUUUUAUGUCAUCUUCCAGACUGAAAACCCCGAUGAGCUGGGCCACUUCUAUAACUACCCUAUAGCUCUCUUCAGCACCUUCGAGCUCUUCCUCACCAUCAUUGAUGGGCCCGCCAACUAUGAAGUGGACCUGCCCUUCAUGUACUGCAUCACCUACUCCGCCUUCGCCGUCAUCGCCACCCUCCUCAUGCUCAACUUACUCAUCGCCAUGAUGGGUGACACCCACUGGCGCGUGGCCCACGAACGGGAUGAGCUUUGGAGAGCACAGGUUGUUGCCACUACUGUCAUGCUGGAGCGGAAACUCCCACAAUGCCUCUGGCCUCGCUCUGGGAUCUGUGGGCAGGAGUAUGGCUUGGGGGACCGCUGGUACCUCAGGGUGGAAGACAGAUGCGAAGGCAGGCAGCACAAGAUGCACCGCUACAUGGAAGCAUUUAAGUUCCAGAUUACAGAAGACUUUGACAAGUACUCACAGAACAAACAGGAGCUGGAGGACAACAAGGACACAGAGGCUCCGUACAGGAAGAAUACCCCUUGCAGCACUCCAGCAGAGUCGCCAAGCCUGUCCCAAAGGAGCUCCAGCCAUGGCUGGGACAUCCUGAGGCACAGCACCCUAGCACAGCUACAGGGCCAUGUCAACCUUGCCAUGGAGAAGGAGGAGGAGGUCUACCAUGUCUGAGUGACUGCUUGUUUGCUUCCUUGCAGUGAGUGAUACCUCUCUCCUGCCAGCGGUAAAGGACAUGGUCCAGCAUGGACACCUUGCAGUAGUAAACAUCCUAUUGCCUGCACUCCCAUAUGGACAGCUCACUCCACAGCAGCUCUCUGUGGGGCUAAAUGGAGUGCCUGGAGUGUGUGAGGACAUGGGGCUGGUCACCCAUUGCAUGAAUGUAAACACACACAGGAAAAAACAAUCCCUGAUUCAUGACAGUGCAU